AUGAGGGUGUUUGUGAGUUUAGUCCUGGUUCUGGUCCUGAUUGAGACCAGAGCCAGUCCGAUACCAGAGUCUGAGCCAGAGAUCAGAUCUUCAGAGCUGGUGAGGGAGGAGUGUCUUCAGGUACCGCUGUCUCUGCAGAACAAAACCAAGGUCUCAGGCCAGUUUUACUUCCUCCAUGGCUUCACCGAUAAUCAUCUGUACCGGACCCUCCUGAACCUGACCUCCAGUUUCUGGGUCAACAUCACUGAGACUGAGUCUGGACUGACAAUGGAGCAGUUCAACAAGAUGAACGGGACUUGUUUGAAAACCCUUGCAACCGUAGCCAUCAGCGGAGACACAGGCAUUGUCACAGUGGCGAACAUGACCAGUCAGGUCCAGUACUUCAGUCUUGGGGACUCUUCUUUGGUUCUGGACAUCACCGCGUCCUCUCCUGGUGUCCGGGACUUUGUCAAGAAAGUAAACCUGGACCCAGACCAGUUCAGCCCGGAUCUUAAUGCCCGGGCCUUCUACCUUAUGAGUCAUGAUCCUGUCGUCAGCGACUCAGACCUGGAGUUGUUCAGACUGAGAGCGGACUGUAAAGGGUUCAGAGGAAAUCCGGAUUAUGUCCACAAGAACCAAGAGUACUGCUCAGAAGAGGAGUCGAUCCUGAUGGUUUACUGA